UUGAUUAUUUUGACAGUUUAAACAGCUGGAAUGAAAAUCGAUCAUACUAUUAGGUAGAAGAAAAACGCAUUUUUUUUCCUUAUGAAACAAUUUUAAUUUGCUCUCAAACCUAAGUUUUGUUUGGUUUGUAAAUAAAACGGGUGUUAAGUUCCAAUAACUUUAUUUAAAAAAAUGCCAGUGGACCAGAUACAGUAUUCAGAAAGAUAUAACGAUGACGUUUACGAAUAUAGGCACGUCAUUCUUCCACCGGAUAUAGCAAGACUAGUACCAAAAUCUCAUCUCAUGACUGAAACGGAAUGGAGAAACCUAGGUGUCCAGCAGAGCCCUGGUUGGCUGCAUUUCAUGGUGCAUAAUCCUGAACCCCACGUCCUAUUAUUUAGACGACCUAGGAGUGACAUUCCUGCUCCAGUUAAUGGCCUAGAUGCAAGUACUUCCUCUACUGUAAAAGUUUGAUAUUUCUAAUAUUAAUUUUAGAUAAUGUGGCCACACAUUUAUUAUAUUACUAGCCGAGUAUCUUCAACCAGUGUUAAAAAAAAUAUUGUUAUUAAAAAAAAUAUUGUUAAAUGAUCUAAAUGGAAAAAACUUGUAAUAAAUGCAAAAGCAUGCAACGUAAUUAACAUACAUUAAAAUUUCUUCCAAUUUAACAGUUUUCGUUUAAGUUGGGUUUUAAGAUGAAUUGCAUCACAAGUAUUAAAUAAAUAAUCAACUGUUAUGUUAAUGUUACUUUAUGUAAUUAUUAUAUGUAUUGUAACUUAUGUAAUAACCGUGAUAAUAAAAGUGCUAGAGUUGUGAUAAUUUGUAGAAUACUUGUUAUUGAUUGUAGGCGCUUAAAACGAUGUAAGCAAGUGGCCUUAGACUGAUGUAUGGUAAUCGUAAUUAAUAAGUGCAUACAUGAUGUAUAAAUACAAAUUAUAUUUAAAA